CUAUUUGCUUCUAAACUUCUUUGAUAGUUACUGACGACCAACCUUCAUAGUGGCAAAAGAGUUUCGGGCAAACAUUGGAGGGCUAUUAGUGGCGUUUGCAUUGAACCUCUGCUUCUCCCGUUGGAUAAAGAACAGUAGCUUGGCCUAGAGGAUGCCUAUAUUGUUCAUGCAGGCUUUCCCCGUAGCACUUCUGAUGAUCAUGGGCAAACUACCAGAGUCCCCACGCUGGUUAGUAAGUAGAGGAAAGACGGAUGAAGCUCGGGUGGUACUUUCAAACCUUUAUGGGGAUGACCAGGCAAACCACAAGCUCCAAGAGCUCCAAGAAGUCCAGCAAGAAGAAGCUGAAGAGGCAGCGGGGUGUCUCCUCGACAGGCUAUGCUGUGGACCUGGCCGGUUUCACCCCAACAUGAUCACAAUAAUGGUCCAGUUCAACCAGGCUAUGACAGGCGCCGGGGCAGUCUCAGUCUACGGCUCGCAAAUAUUUCAACUUCUAGGACUACCAUCAUGGGUAGCAGAGUAUGCAACCCUCGGCAACUACACUUUUUACUUUAUUACCAUGGUUUUCACCACGCGUUCAGUCGACAAAUACGGGCGCAGGAAAUUAAUGUUGGGGGGUAGCUGUGGGUUGACAAUUUGCUUCGCCCUUCUAGGCCUUGUCGCGAUGGGCGUUCUCACGGAUGACUACGCGUUCAAAUUGUCCAUGGGAACCCUAACUCUUGUGGGUUCAACAGCUAUAUUUGGAGCGUGCUGGUUGACGACUGUUUGGUUGAUUCCAACUGAGAUAUAUUCGGACAAGGCGCGAGCGCAGGGUGGUGCCAUCAGCGUCGUCGUAUGGGGUUCAGCCAACUUUAUUAUCACGAUCCUCACACCGAUUGGCUUCAACAAUUUGAAAUUCUGGCUGUUCUUCAUAUUUGCCGCUACCAACCUUUUGGCAGGACUGCUCGUCUGGGCAUUUUUGCCUGAGACCGGAGGCAGAAGCUUUCAAGAUAACCAGCAGUUCUUCGUAUUGGCCAAAGAAAGAAAGUCAUGGUUCGUACACAAGGUCGACAAUGGUAGCUUUUUAACCUUGCCUCCCCCAUAAAUUUGCAGGGUUGGAGUGCGAAAAUGUUCGCGGUUACGGAGGGCAAGGCAUUGUCUAGCAAGCGAGACAGCUGAUGUCUUUAUAAUCUGUUAGAUAUUAGACAUAAAGUAGUUACUUGCAAUAACCAGCGAUAUCAACAGCGAGUAAUAAUACGGGUUACAACUUUUGCUUUAUGUUUUAGUAAAUAUCCC